UAGUGAGUAUAUAAUCACAGUUUAUUGAGUACGAAUCUCCAGCAACAUCUGAAACAUGCAUUUAGCCGAAAGUGAAGUGGAUGAAACAAAGGACAAAGACGGAACAGUACAUUCUAAUUUUGAGUGUACAGAAUCCAUCCACCAACAGAGUAAUACCAUCAUCACAGUGAGUCUGAAUGAAAGACAUGAGAAUGAGCCAGAACUGGAUCUCAUAUAUGCUAUAAAUGACAGGCCACCAUGGUACCUUUGCAUACUGUUUGUUUUCCAGCACUACAUCCUGGCCUUUGGAGGUAUCAUUGCUGUUCCACUGAUCCUAGCAGAACCAAUGUGUUUUGGGGAUAACAAUUCUGUCAAGAGUCAGCUCAUCAGCACCAUAUUUUUGGUUUCGGGUUUGUGCACACUGUUGCAGACAACUUUUGGAACCAGGUUACCUAUUCUCCAAGGAGGCACAUUCAGCUUCCUCACUCCCACACUGGCCAUACUUGCAUUGCCAGAAUGGAGAUGUCCAGACAUUAAGGAAACGCUCUUUAACACAACGAAUAACACUGAAUUUAACAGAGAUGAAAUAUGGAAAUCCCGCAUGAGAGAAAUUCAAGGUGCCAUCCUGGUUGCUUCUUUGCUUCAGUUGGUGCUUGGACUCACUGGUCUUGUUGGAUUUGUCCUGAGGUGUACUGGACCCCUCACGAUUGCUCCCACCAUAACACUCAUUGGACUCUCACUUUUUGUUGAAGCUGGGAAGAAGUCCGGAGCACACUGGGGCAUUGCUGCUAUGACUGUGGGCCUGAUUUUUCUCUUCUCUCAAUACUUGAGUAACGUGAACAUCCCUCUAAUUGUCUACACAGAGAAGAAAUGGAAAAUUAUAAAAUACCCAAUAUUCAAGUUGUUUUCAGUGCUACUGGGAAUGUGUGGAUCUUGGCUAAUCUGCUUUCUUCUUACAUUCUUUGAUGUACUACCACUGAACCCAAACGAUUACGGGCACACUGCAAGGACAGAUAUCAAUCUCAAUGCUGUUCAAAGUGCUCCGUGGUUCCAUGUUCCAUAUCCAGGUCAAUGGGGCCUUCCAACAGUAAACCUGGCUUCGGUACUUGGGAUGAUGGUUGGAGUUCUGGCGUCAACCAUGGAAUCUGUUGGUGAUUAUUAUGCCUGUGCACGGCUUUCUGGUGCCCCACCACCACCUAUGCAUGCGGUUAACCGAGGCAUUGCAAUGGAAGCAAUAGGUUGUAUUUUGGCAGCCAUCUGGGGUAGUGGGAAUGGAACAACGUCUUACAGCCAAAAUAUUGCCGCACUCGGAAUCACAAAGGUUGGCAGCAGGGUGGUACUUCAAUAUGCUGGUCUUUUAAUGAUUUUCUUGGGACUGUUUGGAAAAUUUGGUGCUAUAUUCAUAACCAUUCCUAUUCCGGUCAUUGGAGGAAUGUUCAUGGUUAUGUUUGGAAUGAUCGCAGCUGUGGGCAUCUCUAACUUACAGUAUGUGGAUUUGAACUCGUCAAGAAAUUUGCUGAUCCUGGGAUUUUCAACUUUUAGUGGCUUAGUUUUACCAACUUGGUUCCAUUCCAACCCAGAGAUGAUCAACACAGGCAUCAGAGAACUGGAUCAAGUUCUUACUGUUCUUUUUACAACACAUAUGUUUGUUGGUGGAUUCUUUGGAUUUAUUCUGGACAACACCAUCCCAGGAACAGAAAAAGAAAGAGGCAUCAAAGCUUGGCGUGAGCAGGUACACAAGGAGUCAGUAGACAGCGCAGAAGAUCAGUCCUGUUAUGACCUGCCUUUUGUGAACAAAUACCUUAGCAGGCUUCGGUGUGCAUAUUACAUCCCUUUUCUCCCAAUGUAUAAGACAGCUGAGACAAGAGGAAGGAAUGUGCAAACUGUUAGUACCAACAGAUGACAAACUGCAGUCAUUUCAAGAUUCUCGUGACUCUUCAGGUUUUAAUUAUAUCUUUGUACAGACGUAUUCCAAUCAUUCUGACAACAAAAUUGGAGGUAAUUUUUACAGUUUGUCUGAUUUUAAAGUACUGUACCUAUCUAUGUCUUAACUUGAACCCUUUUUCUUUUUUUCUAAGGUCAUUGCAGACACUUAAAAGCUUUAAGCAAAUGAGCCCAAUGUUCUGUAUGCAAAUUUAGAUAUUUCAGGAAUUUCUUUUAAGGCUUGCCACUUUUAACAGUGUGUCCUGGUAUACUGAUAAGGUUCACAUAGAGUAAGUGCCAGUAAUUUUAAUCUCUACAGCAUGAUUCACUUCAAGUCAAAAGUGACUCAUUUAUCAAAAAAUGGAAACCAGGUCUGAUUUAAUGCUGCACCAUUUCUCAAAUGGGAUUGGAGUGGAAAGGGUUCUACUGAAUUUCACAUAGCUUUAACUUACACAAUGUAUCUGUAUGUGUAGAUUAUGGUAUGCAUACAGUAUUGACCAAAAUAUUUUAUUUCAUUAAAAGUAAAUAUGUAGCUUUUCUACUGUUCAUCUACUAGUCAGUUGCAAAUAUGCAUUAUGGAAAUUAUAUUUUAGACAUGCUUUUGAACUAAUGCAUGACAUGCACUAAUCUGUAGUGAAUUCACUUGAUAGCCAGAUCAGUGCUAAGCAAUGUGUAGAAAUAACAUUCACCACUUGUAACCUGUCAGCUCCAAAUCAAAUCAUCAUAUUUUACAACAUUACAGCAGGGAAUAAGUUAUUCAGCAAUGGAUAAUAUUGCUGUUUUUGACACUGAGGAGGAUGGAAGCGCAUUACAUGAAUUUGGUUGUCAGAAAUGGAAAACCAGUUUCUUUGAAGAUUUAAAGAUUGUCUCAGACCUCGAGUCUUAUACUGUAAAGUAUAGAAAUGCUAAUACUGUUCAUGGCAUUAAACUGUACAUGCAUGUGCUUUUACUCUCUGGCUUCUGUUUUCUGAUUAUAUAUA